AUGUCUGCCCUGCAGAGUUCACCCGGAGCAGCUAUCUACAGCAUCACAAGCGGAGACACACGGGCGAGAAGCCAUACAAGUGCGAUGUCUGCCCUGCAGAGUUCAGCCGGAGCGGCCUCCUACAACGUCACAGGCAGACACACACGGCGGACACACACGGGCGAGAAGCCAUACAACUGCGAUGUCUGCCAUGCGGAGUUCAGUCAGAGAGGGCACCUACAGGAUCACAAGCGGACACACACAGUGUCACAAGCGGAUACACACAGGCGAGAAGCCAUACAAGUGCGAUGUCUGCCCUGUGGAGUUCAGCCGGAGUGGGCACCUGCAGAAUCACAAGCACGGGUGAGAAACCAUACAAGUGCGACGUCUGCCCUGCGGAGUUCACCCGGAAAGAGCACGUACAGCGGCACAAGCGGACACACACAGGUGAGAAGCCAUACAAAUGCGAUCUCUGCCCAGCUCAGUUUGGUCAUAGCGCCACCCUACAGGAUCACAAGCGGAUACACACGGGCGAGAAGCCAUACAAGUGUGACGUCUGCCCUGCGGAGUUCAGUCACAGAGGGCAUCUACAGGAUCACAAGCAGACACACACAGUGUCACAAGCGGAUACACACAGGCGAGAAGCCAUACAAGUGCGAUGUCUGCCCUGCGGAGUUCAGCCGGAGUGGUCACCUGCAGAAUCACAAGCACACACACACGGGUGAGAAACCAUACAAGUGUGACGUCUGCCCUGCAGAGUUCACCCGGAAAGAGCACGUACAGCGGCACAAGCGGACACACACAGGCGAGAAGCCAUACAAAUGCGAUCUCUGCCCGGCUCAGUUUGGUCAUAGCGCGACCCUACAGGAUCACAAGCGGACACACACAGGUGAGAAGCCAUACAAGUGUGACGUCUGCUCUGCGGAGUUCAGACGGAGUGGGCUCCUAAAGUGUCACAAGCGGAUACACACAGGCGAGAAGCCAUACAAGUGCGAUAUCUGCACUGCAGUGUUCAGCCAGGGAUCGACCCUACGGGAUCACAAGCGGACACACACGGGCGAGAAGCCAUACAAAUGUGAUGUCUGCCCUGCAGAGUUCAAACAGAGAGGGCACCUACAGGAUCACAAGCGGACACACACACGAGAAGCCAUACAAGUGCUCUAUCUGCCCUGCAGAGUUCUGCCGGAGUGGUCACCUGCAGAAUCGCAAGCGCACACAUACUGGUGAGAAACCGUACAAGAGCGACGUCUGCCCUGCGGAGUUCAGCCAGAGAGAGCACGUAAAGCGGCACACGCGGGCGAGAAGGCAUACAAAUGCGAUCUCUGUCCUAGAGAGUUCAGCCACAAGCCUGUUGUACCACAAGCGGGCACACACAGACAAGAUGUCCCACAAGUGCGAUCUCUGCCCUGAGGUUUUUCAGCCAGAGCGGUCGCCUAAAGUGUCACAAGCAGACACACAUGGGUGAGAAACAAUGCAGGUGAAAUAUCUGCCCUGUGGAGUUCAGCUGAAGUGACAAUCUACAGAAUCACAGGCGGACACACACAGGCGAGAAAACCAUACCAGUGCGACUUCUGUCCCGAAGGGUUCAAUCAGAGACACUACCAACAGCAGCACAAACACACACAGGGUGGACGAGGAGCCAUACAAGUGUGCGGCUUCAUGCCCUGUGGUCCAGCCUAAGUGGGCACCUACAGGAUCAAUUCAACAAGAGCACAAAGGUGCGGAAUAACAAGUGGAGUCACGAGGUCGUGAAGCCGUACCAGUGCGAUAUCUCUCCUGGAAACUUAAAUCAGAGCAUAAGUCUGUCGUGUCACAAGCGAAAACACACUUGCAAGAAACCCUACACGUGCAAACUUUAUCACUUAAAGUUCUGCCAUGGAACAAAGCUACAGCGCCAUAUGCGGACGAGAAGCCAUGCUCAAGUGCUAUGUGCCGAGUUCAACCAGAACACGGAUCUUCACGACCAUAACUGAACACACAUGGGCAAAAAGCCAUACAAGUGCAGGUGCUGUCCUGCAGGGUUCACCCGCAGCACGAUUUACGGUGUCACAAGCAGAUACAUAUGACUGUGGACCCUUGCAUGUGGGAUGCGUGCUCUGCAGAAUUUGCCCACAGCACGGGCCUGGAGCAUCACAAGUAGACACAGACAGGCGGGAAGUCAUACAGAAGCAUUGUCUGUGCUGCAGACUUGAGACAGAACACACACCUGAAGCAUUACGAAUAGACGUACAUGGGUGCGACAGCCCUACAGAUGCAAACUCUGCCGUGCUGGUUCAGCCACAGGAUGAACAGACACUAGCCAGAGAACAAAAUAAGUGCUUGCAGAGCACGAGCUAGUUCAGCCAGAGGAGGAACCUGUGGCUUCAGAUGUAGCCACGAGACACUUGGUAUUGAGGCUGUGCAAGUACAGAGGCCACAUACUCCUACACAUGAAGAAGCCUGUCCAAAUGUAAAAUCUGUUAUGUCACAUGUGCUAAACCCAGAUACCUGAAGAAGCACAUGGUAACAGAGAGCAAAGAGCGUACAAAUACUGUCUGUAUCCCGUCGCAUUUUAUUUCUGUUGGAUGUUUUUACACUCGCACGCAUGAACAGACUGAGGGUCAGAAAGAGUUGGCCGGGACCUGGGUUGGGUGGUGAUCCAUGUGAAAUGUUAGGAACCCCACUGCUGGGGGAGAUAAACCAACAUGUUAAAGACGUCCUCACACAGGCUCUGAAGCAGCAUGCUCUGAUAUUGUUCCUUUCUCCUUUUAUAUUCCUCUUGUCACGAAUGCGUAUCUUCUUCAUGGGUGACUAACGAUUCCCCAGAGGAACAUAGACAAGAGAGGUAAGGGAAACGCAAGUGUUUGUGCUGUCUUACAUACCUUGUCCUUGUUCCUUUGGCACUUGGUUGUUCAAUCAGGGAUAGUCACCAAGAAGCCCAAACCUCUACCAUUGUGCUUAUCUUCUUCGAUUGUUCUAUGUCCUACGUCCCGUCGGUUGGUAAAAUGAACGAAUAAAUCAACCCAAAGCAAUAAAAAAAUAAUUUACUACCACUUAGAUGUGUCAACUUGUAAUCAAAAUCCCGAGAUUUCCCUUUUGUGUCACGACCAAACUAAAUAUCAAUUGUAUACACGCAAAAUAAAUUAAAACCCUCUCCACUGUAGAGCACCUCAUAGUGAUGCGCUCGAAGAGACUAUGCAGGAAGGAAUUGACAGCACACAGUAGGCAGCCGUUCUCCAUUUCGUUUCAUGCCUUAGUCCGAAGAGACUCGACGGAUUCCACACUGCAGUGAGGACUACAACUUUUUCCGCCGUUAUUAAUCCUUUUGUCGUACAUUUUAAUCCUUAUACCAUUCAAUCCCUUUGCCAUCUGAAUUAAUCCGCAUUUCACAUAGUUUAAUCCACUUUCCAUGCAAUUUAAUCCAAGUGACUAUGUGUGGGCUACGUGACUUUUUUCUGUAUUGUGGGACAGUUCCCAUGUGUACAGGAUUGCACAUGCAUUUUAUUAAUAAUGUGGGUUUCUGCACCAUAAUGGGAUACUGUGGGACAGUUAACCUGCAUUACUGUAUUGUGGGGCUAUUCCCAUGUCUACGGGUUUUACCCAUGGUUUUCAUUAAAAACGUGGGUUUCUGCACUGUAAUGAGAUACUGUGGGCCUGCCAAUCUGGAUUGCGAUA